AUGUGGUCCACUGAGAGCAUGGAGCCAGAGAAAGCACACACCCAGAGCAGCUUCUUCAGCAAGGUGGAUGUGCCCGACCAUGCUCACUACAUCGUGGCCCUAUUCGUCUUCGUCAUCGGGGCGCUGGGCAUCACUGGCAACGCGCUGGUUAUGUUCGCCUUCUACAGUAACAAGAAGCUUCGUAACCUGCCCAACUACUUCAUCAUGAACCUGGCGGUCAGCGACUUCCUCAUGGCUUUCACACAGUCCCCCAUCUUCUUCAUCAACUGUCUCUACAAGGAAUGGGUGUUUGGAGAGAUGGGCUGUAAGAUGUAUGCGUUCUGCGGCGCCUUGUUCGGCAUCGCCUCCAUGAUAAACCUGCUGGCCAUCUCCAUCGACCGCUACCUGGUUAUCACCAAGCCCCUGCAGGCCAUGCACUGGAGCUCCAAGCGAAGGACCACCUUGGCCAUCCUCAUGGUCUGGCUUUACUCUUUGGCUUGGAGUCUGGCUCCUCUGGUUGGCUGGAGCUCCUAUAUCCCAGAGGGCCUGAUGACAUCGUGUACGUGGGAUUAUGUCACAUACACACUGGCCAAUAGGAGCUACACGAUGAUGCUGUGCUGCUUUGUUUUCUUCAUUCCACUCGCGAUCAUCUUUUACUGCUAUCUCUUUAUGUUUCUGGCUAUACGGAAGACCAGCAGGGAAGUGGAACGUCUGGGGACUCAGGUGAGGAAGUCCACCCUGAUCCAGCAGAAGUCCAUCAGGAGCGAGUGGAAGUUGGCAAAGAUCGCCUUUGUUGUCAUUGUGGUUUAUGUCCUCUCCUGGUCACCGUACGCCUGCGUCACACUGAUUUCCUGGGCCGGGCAUGCCAACAUCCUGUCGCCGUACUCCAAGGCUGUCCCUGCAAUCAUAGCAAAAGCCUCCACCAUCUACAAUCCCUUCAUCUACGCCAUCAUACACAACAAAUACAGGAUGACUCUGUCGGAGAAAUUCCCCUGCCUGAGGUUUCUGUCUCCCGCUCCUCGAAAGGAGUGCAUCUCCUCCUCCAUCAGCGAGUCUUCUUUCAGGGACUCCAUCAUUAGCAGACAGUCCACAGCGUCAAGGACGCACUUUAUUACAGCUUCCUCCACCUCCACCGACAGGGCAUUAAGGGAUGUAGAGAUGGAGCCUUUGGGCAGGAAGUCAGGCGAUUCCUUCAGAAGCAUGUCGUCGUACAAUCAGUCUUACAGAGGAAGGUCCUAUAAGAAACAACUCGAGGGGAAGACCACCAAGACCCGUCCAGCAGAGAAGCAUCCAUCCGCCAUGAAUGAAUCAUCGAGCACCUGUGAGCAUGAACUGGUUUCCAGCUCUCUCACCAUCGCCACUCUUCCCCUGCUAGUUCUUACCAGGAGGCGCAGCCAGAGUCUGACCAAUGACAUUUCAGAUGCAAGGCGUGAGAGAGACGGCGUCAGUGACAGGCUGAGCAGCCACAGGAGCGACUCCUUCAGUUCCCUGAAUUUUGGAAAAACCCCACCCGCUGAUCCCAGGUCGCCUCAGGCUGUUCCGCGCAUUAUCGUCAUCAGUCCCACGUCUGAGAGCAGCCUCAUCAACCACGACAGUGUGUGCUUAGAGGAGAGCGUUGAGGCGAUGGAGAACAAUGUUUUUGUCAGCCUGAACUUCUCAUCAGAAGUCUUUGAGGCAGUGGAGCUGCUCUCUUGACCAGCAGGACUUUGCUGGACAAUAAUUACCCAUGCACUCCAUCCUCUCUACAGGCCCAGACUGUUUUGGAUAUGGACAAACGAUUCGCCCGCUGAAAUUAAUAAUUUACCAUCAGUUUCUGAGCUUAAUGACUUAAUAUUGGUUUAAUUCUCAGUUCAGCUAUUGAAACUAAUGUCCAUGAUUCUCUGCUGCACACUGAACGGAGGACAUUUGCGUCUGAUAUUCAACCACUUUAGUUAGGGGCAGUGCUCUUCUGCCUUUUAGUUAAAAGUAGACAAUCUGUGUAAAAAUGCUGCAUGAUUGACCGCAAAUCAAGAAAAAUCUAUCAAUCGUAAAGGGAAACGGGUGAAAAAUGACCAAAAGAAGCAUGAUCUUUGUACAAUCUGAGUCCUAAUAUCACAAAGAAACUGCUGUAACAACUCCAAGGAAGGAAAACAAAGCAGUAACUUUAGCUUGAGAGGAUGUUGUUUAAGUGUAUAAAGUAUAUAUAGUCAAUUCUUGUCUUGUGGUAGGAGCUCCUUUAGGCUGUGUGGACCUCUCCAGCUUCUCAUAGGCAGGGAGACAACGGUGUAAUGAAAAAAGAGGUGAAAGUGUCUCAUAAAACAAUGAACAUUUUCUUUGUGGGGAUU